UGAAAAAUAAUUUCUUUUUAGUUACCAGAUUUCCUCUUACAAGAAGGAACAGUUAAAUAUAUCAAAAUCAAAAUAUCCACAAAGCCAAUCGAUUACUAGUUUGAGAGUAAGCAGCCACACCUAAUCCUCCAUGUGAUGAAAUCCCACAAGGUUUGGCACCAUCUCUGAUUGCUCUCUUUUUUCUAUCUGUUUCUCUCUGCCCAAAUUCUGAAAGAAAAUCUCAGAGAACCCAAAAAAAAAAAAAAAGGAAAAAAAAAAAAUGCUUUCUCAGCCUCCCAAAUACCCGAAUGCUUUCUCAGCAGCAGAAAUCAUCGCCACCAACGAAGACCUUCUUGCAGAGAUCCUCACCCGAGUCCCCGUAAGGCCUCUCCUCCGUUUCAAAUGCGUUUGCAAGCUCUGGCGCUCUCUCAUCUCCACCACCCAAUUCUCUCAUUCACACACUCUUCAUCACCCUGCCUCUUUCUCCGGCAUCUUCGUCCGAACAACUCCGGGCCUUGCCGAUCCUCACUUCCAGUUUGUUCCUUUUCUCUGUAACGAAAACCCAUCUGGGUCUCCCUUCGAUUCCCUCAAUUUCGUCCACGACCCUGCUGGGAUCAAGAUUUUGCAGUCCUGCAAUGGGUUACUCUUGUGCUCUAGCCUCCGAAAAAUCUAUAAAAAUCGAAACUUUUACGUUUAUAAUCCUUCAACCAACCAAUUCUCGGUCGUUACACCUUCAGCCGCUGCUAAUGCUAAAUCCACACCCAUUUUGGGUCUUACUCUAGCCUUUGAUCCUUCCAAAUCUCCUUAUUACAAAAUUGUCUGCGUUCGGAGCAGUGCGGUCUCUGUCCUUCAUGACCAAAUUGAGAUAUACUCAUCCGAGACUCGUUCUUGGAGGAGUUCUGGGUCUCCUUUCAUUCCGCCUUUUGAUAUGGUAUUUGAUGAUGGCGUUUUCUGGAAUGGUUCAGUUCACUGGCUCAGAUCGAUGGGCUUGCUGUCUCUUUAUUUCGAUGUUGAACGAGAAGUGUUUGGAAAAAUGCCUUGUCUUCCAGCAACCGAGGGGGGUUGGAGCAGCCCGAAAUUCAGGUACUUCAGGGAAUCUGGUGGCCAUUUGCACGUCAUUGAAAUCCAUGGUCAAUGUCCUAGUCAAUUCAAAGUCUUGGAGCUGAAGAAGGAUUAUUCAGAGUGGUUUGUGAAAUACAAAGUGGAUCUCCAAGCACUUGUUGAUCAAUAUCCAGAGAUGAAUCUCAACUAUUUUGAUCACUUCGGUUCACUUUCUUAUGCAUUCGUUGUGCUUUUUCUUGCUCGGGACGAUGAUGGCAAGAACAAGGAUGAGGCAUCACUCUUGCUGCACAUACCAGUACUGAAGAACAAACCAUGCUGACAGAAAGGCCCCUAAGAUAAAGCAAAUAGAGCGAACAUUCAAAAAAACUGGAAACAUAAAGAACAUCAGCAACCCUCAGCUGGAAAAAUUCAGGUAAGCAUCAAGUUGUUUCCCCA